UUCGCCAUCUUGAAGGAUGUUGUUACACAAAAGUGGGUUCAUUCAGUUUGGUUUAGCGGGAAAAACUGUUCUACGGGGGUGCUGGGGAGCAUCGGAGCUCUGACCUCUGCUCAUACGUCAAGAUCAGGGCUGCUUUGACGAACGUUGCCCAUGCGCAAUCUUGUGCAACCGCUCUUACUACGACAGUACGUGUUUCGUUGACUGAACAGUUCCGUGCCAGUUCUAAUUGAUCGUGUGCCAGUACAACCGUGACACUAUCACGUGCAGUGUGUUUUCGUGUACUGUCUACGUCUUACGACCCCACGCUUCGUAGACGGUUAUAUCAGUGCAGCGCCGCAGCUGUUUGAUGCUAUUUAAGCCUAAGAAGAUUGCUUCGCCACUGCCUGCUCAACGAAGCGCUAGUGUCAGUUUUUUUAGCGUAGUGUUUGACACCAAGAAUUGAGCUGCAAUUUUCUGCUCCCCCUCACGCUUUCAGAGACAUAACUCAACUUCGGGCAAAACCUUGUGAAGAGUACAAGUGACACCGAGACUGCAUCAAGAUGUUCUGGAAGUUCAACUUGAUCACCACUUCGCAUGUGGAUGCACUUCUCAACAAAGAUAAUGUGACACUGCAGGAAUUGAUGGAUGAAGAGGACAUCCUUCAGGAAUGCAAGGGACAGACAAAGCGGUUGAUUGAAUUUUUAAUACGCCCUGAAAUUAUGUCGGAACUAGUGGGCCUUAUCGUUAAAGAGCCAGAAGCUGGCACAGAUGAAAAACUGCAGUACAAGUAUCCAAAUGUUGCCUGUGAGAUCCUGACGUCGGACGUGGCGCAGAUCAACGACACGCUUGUUUCGACUGAAGCACUUAUGAACCGAUUGAUGGCGUACCUAGACACCGAUCCGCCUCUGAAUCCACUUCUGGCAAGUUUCUUCAGCAAGACGAUGGGCGUGCUUGUCAUGCGUAAAACUGAAGCUAUGUUCCAGUUUUGUAAAUCUAGAGAAAACUUUGUGCCACUACUAUUGAAACACAUCGAUACUUCCGCUAUUAUGGACCUUUUACUAAAGUUUGUGACUAGCGUUGACAACCAAGAAUUAAGAGCUUCAAUUAUGCAGUGGUUAAAUGGCGAACAGGUGAUACAGCGACUAGUUGGAUUGAUUGACGUGUCAUGCAGCGAAGACCAAAAUGGAAAUGCAGCUGAAGCGCUGUGCGAAAUUGUGAAAGCCAGCCGUGAGCAGAUGUGUUUGUUACAAGAGAAAGCCCCUCCUGAUCCUCUACUGGAAGCAGUAGAAUCGACAGAAGUGGUUGCAGAUUUGCUUAACCACAUGUUUACUUCAGGAAAGAAAGAGUCCGUCCUUGUGAGCGGAAUUUCUGUACUACUUUCUCUACUGGAGUUUAGGAAGCAAGGUUUGGCAGGGCAGCAGCAGCAACAACAACAACAGGCACUGAAUUGUGACGCAGGAGGGGGAUCGCAGGAAGGGGGACCAGGUGGUGCUGCCUCGCUGCUUCAGGGAGAGACAGCUUGCUUUGCUUCUCUCUUCUUCCGCUCGGAGAAUGCGGAGCAGAUGACUACCCUAGACAUUGAACGUCUCAGAGCGGGAGUGGCCAAGGUACUGGCUGCCGUAGGGCCCCGUCUCGGAGACUUCCUUUCGCUGCUCAGCAGUCCUCCAGAGAAACCGUCAUGGACUACAUCGUUUGGCCUUCUGGAUCCACCUUUGGGCCAGACACGCCUUGAAGUAUGCCACCUAGUAAAUGCGUUGAUAAACUCAAACAAUGAUGAAAUCAACGGAAGACUGGCCGAGCUCGGCACUCUGCCUGCUGUUCUGGAUCUGUUCUUCACUUAUUCCUGGAACAACUUCCUUCACACCCAAGUUGCGCAGAUUAUUAAUUCUGUGCUUAGUUCUGCAAGUUCUCUCGACCAGGAAGGGAACAAGGUCCAUCCCCUAAUAGACCAGCUCUUUGGAGCUUGUGCCAUAGUACAGCGAGUGCUAGAUGCCUGGGAUGAAAAUAACGUAGAACAGUCACAGCCAGGAAAGCACAGGAGAGGAUAUAUGGGUCACCUGACAAAAAUAAUCAACGACGUCGUAGCUGCAGCCGAAAACGGAAACAACUCAGAAAUCGUACAAGCACGGUUAAAAGCUCUUCCCGCUGAACUUCUGAGCCGAUGGGAGGCCUUCACCGCAGAAACCCUUCCUGAAGUGAACAAAAAGAACACUUCUGCAUUGUGUGGUGGUCUACCAAACACGUCAAGCACAGAAGAUGACGAAUGCAUCGACCUGCGGGAGGUAGGCUUCAAUCAGGAUACGGCCCUUCAGCAGGUAUUCCCAAGGUCGGUUCAACAGGCCUUUUCUGAUUACCAGAUGCAGCAGAUGACUAGUAACUUUGUCGACCAGUUUGGCUUCAAUGACGACGAGUUCGUAGAGGCUGAUGAAAACAUUGUGGGCCAUCUGGACCAGCUAGCACGGGCUAACUUCCAGUUACCUUCUGAAGUUAAUAUGAGCAAUGCUGAACUGUUUGAGCGUGUGUGUCGAGAAAAAGCACAGGCUCUGGACGAUGCAGACAGCGAUGAAGAUGUCUGGGAAGAUAAGGAAGUGACAUUUUCACCAGCGGCUGAUACACAGCGACGACUGACCGACGAUGGGGAUGAACGCUACAGCAGUGAUUCUGAUGAUGAUGGAGGGGCGCAGCCUAGUGCAGCUGUGGCCACGUCCAGCGACGAGGUCAAGAUGGAUGUGGACCAUGGAGACUCCCCAUGGGGAGGCCAAGCGGAUGCUAUUGCCAUGGACACUACUAGCCCUUGGGAUAAUGCAGCGUCCUGCCCCGAUGAAGGAGGGUGGGCUUCCUUCGACAAUUUUGCCAAUUUCAACGCUGCCAACUUUGAGAAUGUUGCUGACACCACUACUCCUUCACUCACCGUUGCCAUGGAAACAUCAGAACAGCAGCAACAGCAGCCUGUUACACAAACUCUUACUCCUUCUAAAAUAUGUGAUACAACCACGGAAUUUGAUGUUCCAACAAGCAGCACCGAAGUUAACUCUGCUGUGGUCAGUUCCUCCGUUGGUGCUAGCAAAUCAAACAGUGCACUCGAGGCACAAGAUGGUCCAGCUGACUCAACACCCACUUGCGAGGCCGCAACGAAGCAGAACGUCGAGCACGACGAUGACGCUCAGUCUUCCGAACCCACCACUACUGAUCUCCCGCGUGCAAACGGGCCAGCACCUCAGCAGGCAGCAGAGUCCAAGCAUGUUUCUCCUAACACUUCAGGUGUCAGGCUUGAGGAUGAGCACAACCCGACCUCAGUUGCGGUUGAGCUCGCCGACUCUCCAAACCAGGUGGACAGCAAUACGAGCGUUGCGCCUUCAGCAGCAGCAGCAGCAGCGGUGCAGAACGGACCCAUGUGAAAACUGGAGUAGUGUAGCUGCGUGUUUGUGUGCAUGUAUGUGAACUCGUCUGAAUGAUGGAAAAGGCGAAGGAGGCACGGUCAGGCACGGGAUGGCGGGCUGUGACCCAAGGUUCUUUGCUCACGACUGUUGGUGUGCGAGCCCAAAUGGUUUGGAGUACCCUGCUGUUUAGUGCCACAUGUAUUUGCCUUAUGUCGCUUCCUGGUUUUAUUUGUGACAACACCCACCCUCGGAUGAAACAGUAUUAAGGCUCCAGUCUUGCAUGCUAUCAUCUACGAGAUGCAAGGUAAUACAGAACGCUGAGGAAUGGCGCAAGGACAUUUGGUUUGCACGGGCAACAUAUUUAGGGGUGAGUUAUUCUAGAAAAUGGGGGGGCCCCUUUGGUACACUCCCUUUCUCUCAUUGUAGAUGGGAAGUCCUUUCCUGUUAUUUUGUAAUAUUACCCAAUCACCCAAGAGAUGGAAGUGGAUACCUAUCUGAACGAAAUUCUUCUGGAGUGAUGUGUUGCGCUCGAUACAUGUGUAGCUUCUGUUGGUAUAAAAUGCUGUACAUAGGAACUGGUGUUUUAGAAAAGAACGUUUGAUGGCAGAAAAUGCUUUAAUGAAUUAUGCUUUAAUAACUCGAGUUAGUCUCUUCACUAAUGCUACAUCAUUUUAGUUGCAGCUACUACAAUUACUGUUGAUAAUGUUAACUGCAAUGAGUAAGAUGCUCACUUUUAAUUGUUUUUGUAAAGUAUAGAACCGAGCCGUCUCUCUGACAGAUGUCUCGGAGAUCAUCAUUAAAAUAUUAGCCACUUCAGAUUUCCCAUCCCAUUGCUUCGUGUAAGCACAAAGUUUGCUUCCAGUGUUCUCACACAAACAGCUAACAGGCCUGUGGCACCCAAAACUUGUAAAUGGGAUGCAAGUUCAUAUUCCUGCGUAACAUACUUCCGGUCAGAUGGAUGAAUGCAAAUGAAAAUAGCACAUUGUGUAAAAGGUCCUGACAAAAUUUUGUAAAUUUUAAUGCCUAGCAUACCUUCCUGCAUGCAAGAACAGGGAUGCAACACUACCCGGUUGGUGUGCCGAAAACUGUCCUCAUACUGUAGCUCAGAAUGUGUUCGGGAAAAGUGCCUUUGAGAUGUGUCUCCUUGAAGGACUGACAGCAGGACAUGGUAGGAGGCUUUGGGUAUGCAGCUAUUGCAGGGAAGGAUGUAACUGUGCACAUUAUAAUACUAGAAAUCGGAGAAUAAUAGGAAAAAUGACCUGUACAUUUGUCAAAAUUUGUAGUUUGAAAAGAAGUUGCAAUAAAAGCAUGAAGUGCUUAUGGUCUUACUGUA